AUGAAUCUUUUCAAUACUUUCCUAUUGGUAUUUUGCGCUAUUUUCGUGGUUCAAGCCUGUAAUCCAUUACCAGGUAAACCAGGACGAGAUGGACGAGAUGGAGUUAUAGGAGAGCCAGGAGAGCAGGGUGAUGAAGGACCACCAGGAGAUGAAGGUCCACAGGGAUUCCCUGGACUUGAAGGUCCUCCAGGUGAAGAAGGUGAUGUAGGACCACCAGGAGAAGAUGGUGACCCAGGACUGCAAGGUAUGAGGGGAUUAGACAAGCAAUGA